CCAUCAAGUGGGAUGACAUGGUCGAAGAAUAAGGGUGUCACAAUCCUUGUAUAUUUGCAUAUAAAUGUUUUUGUAAACUGCUGGCGAAAGAACUUGAUAGUCAAAUGUACAAGAUUUUGACAAAAAGAUUCAGCUGGUUUUCUAUAACAGUGUGGAAUGUGGUGCUCAGUUUACAUUAUAUAAAUCUUGCACAUUUUACAAUGAUUUAUGGCAGUGGUUUUACAGUCAGAAAUAUGUUAUGAAUCUGUUCCUAUGUAUACUUCAAAGAUCUUAGAACAGGGGUAUUUUUUCCACACAAAGAUAACUAGAGAUAUUAUUGGAGAGGAAAUUUUUGAAAAUUCUAAGAGUUUGGUAUAAUGUUAUCAAGCUGUGAAAACAUAAAACAGGCUAUAUUUACUGUGUAAUAUUUUGUUUGGUAUGUAUUUAUUUUGGAGUGUUCGUUUUCUUCUCUCUGAAAAUAAGGCCUGAUGUGAAUAAAACCGAAAAUUGCUUGGCAAGAUCUUCGACUAGAGCUGGCAUAGAAUAGAUGAUAAUAUUUGCAAAAAGUGACUUGGAAUUUCCCGAAAUUCUUAUUUUCUAAGGAGGAUCUGUGUUUGAAGAAUAUUUCAUAUUAAUUCACAAGCAUACCAACGAAGGAUUUGGGUGAUUGUUGCUUCUGUUAAUUGUUUGUCCAUGUGAAUUUAUCAUAUUUUGAAAGAAGAGAGAAAAAAACACCCCAUGAAUACAAAACAUCUGGAUUAUAAUAUGUAUAUUGUCUGGAUUGUCUGUGCUCAGAAAAAAAUGUUGCUGAAAUCAACACAUUAAAGACAGUUUGUCGCAGUGUGCUACACAUUUCUAACAUGCUGCCCAGAUAUAUUUUCGGGAAAGUAAAAAAUGCUGCAGUUUUGUGAGAAUCAGGAUAAGAAAUGAAUGUGUUCUGGCGAAGAUCAAUUUAUUGACAAGGCCAGGAAUUUAUUAUCAUUCUUAUAUCAUUUUGUGAACCUCAGAUUUGAAGAUACAAGGAUAAAGACUCUUAUUCACAUAAUCAGUGGAAUUGAAAAAAAAAAAAUUCCAACAGACAAAGUUUGUGUAAUGAUUUUUUUGAAUUUUGAAACGUCGAUUGUGGUAUAUUGGCUAACAUGCAUGUUUGGAAUUUGGCUACAAGUUUCUGAGAUAUCGACUAGAUACAUUGUGAAUAAAAUUCAUGGAAACAUUACAAAAAAUGAGUGUGCAAAAUUGCUGUUGUUUGUGAGUGUUUAUAAAGAAUGAGGAAGUUAGAUGUUGAACAACAUAGUUACAAUUAGACUGGUUUAAUAUUGAGUCCAAAAUUAUCUUUUAAUCAAGUCAUAGUGAAUUACAUGUGAUGUAACUCAUGCACAGCUGACAAUACCAUAUAAGAUAUAUUAUCUAAUAUUAAUCAAGUGCAUUUUUCCUGAGCUGGACCUACAUAUGAUUAUUAUAAAACAUAUAGUUGGAUAAAGUACAGCAACAACACUUAAAGAUAUUAUGAGCCUAAUCUUAAAAGAAUUAUUCCAGACUAGAGCUACAUUAAAUAUUAUAAUAUGAAGUGAAAAGUUGUAUAAAGUGCCUGCAAAAUUUAAAAAGGCAAUAAAUAAGUUAUUGUUUUUGUGUGCAUACAAGUGAGGAUAUUGUGUAGGCUCGAGUUAGGAUACUGUGUCAGCCCCUAGUAAGGAUAUUGUGUCAGCCCCCAGUGGGAAUAUUGUGUCAGCUCCAAUUGAGGAUAUUGUGUUAGCCCCCACUGAGGAUAUUGUGUCAUCUCCCAGUUAGGAUACUGUGUCAGCCCCUAGUAAGGAUAUUGUGUCAGCCCCCAGCCCCCAGUUGGAAUAUUGUGUCAGCCUCUAGUGGGAAUAUUGUGUCAGCUCCCAGUCAAAAUAUUGUGUCAGCUCCCAGUGAGAAUAUUGUGUCAGUCCCCAGUUGGAAUAUUGUGUCAGCCCCUAGUGGGAAUAUUGUGUCUGCCCCCAGUGGAAAAUAUUUGUGUCAGCUCCCAGGGAGGAUAUAUUGUCAGCCCCUGAGUGAGGAUUUAUGUAUACUUGUGUUCAGUCAGGCAUGGAUAAGCUGCAGAUUCCUCAGCCUGGGCCAAGCACAGCUGAUCCCAGUAUCCUUGACCUUGCCGAUGAGAAACUUGACCUAGAUGGCAGUGUGUACCUGUGUGAGCAGACACUCAAGAUGACGAGCCUCGGUUUUGAGGACAGUAACAGUAAUGGUUACUCUGAGGGCAUCCCGAAUCCCUAUCGCCCCAUGGAUCUCCGGCCAGACUAUAACGGCAUGGAGCCGUUACACAAGAGUCGCAAAAACAAGGAAGACAAAUUUUGCGGCGUGUGCGGGGAUCGGGCCCUCGGGUACAACUUUGAUGCCAUAUCGUGCGAAUCAUGUAAAGCGUUCUUCAGACGAAAUGCACCAAAAGGAUUGGAUUACUUCAAGUGCCCUUAUGAAGAGAAAUGUAAGAUGGACGUCUCAAAUCGCCGAUUCUGCAAAAGAUGUCGACUACGCAAGUGCUUCGAAAUCGGCAUGCGCAAAGAGUACAUUCUCACAGACGAAGAAAAGAUGAGGAAGCGACAACGAAUUGAUGAUAACAGGAGGAUGCGCGAUCUCGAGAAGAGUAUGGCGCAGUCAGGCGUUGUUUCCCCAAAUCUUGGUGGUAUGUCACCCGCGAAACUCCGCUCGCUUGAGCCCGAAGAGGAAGCUGCCAUAAACGAGAUCGUCAGGGCUUAUCGUGCCUCCCUGGAAAUACCCAUCGAGUCUAAGGUGCCGAGAGAUAAUGCCAAUUUUGCCGCACUAGUGAACAUUGCUGAAGUCAGUGUGCGUCGUGUUGUAGAUAUGGCCAAAAAGUUGAAAGCUUUCAAAGCUUUAUCUCAGACUGACCAAAUCGGUCUUCUGAAGGGAGGAAGUAUAGAGUUGCUCAUUCUUAGAUCUGUAAUUUCAUUCGAUAAAGAAAAUAAUUACUUCUUAGAUCCAUAUGACAAGGACUCGCUAGCGUUAACGCAGGACCAGUUCAAGGAAGGAAUCGAGAAGAGCGAUAUGGGGAUGCCGGGUAUGAAUAUUCCCGGUGGGCCGACGGGUUUGUUCGACGAUCACAUGAAGUUCGUAAAGUCACUUGCGAUUGACCUGAAGGCCGAUGAAACCAUGUUGAUAUUACUGCUCAUGCUUUCGCUUUUCUCCCCUGAUCGGCCAAACGUAACCGACAAAGUCUACAUCUCAGCAGAGCAGGACAAGUAUGCACUACUUCUUCAGCGAUAUCUUGAAUCCAGGUAUCCGUAUCAAGUUGCUCGAUCAGUGUUCCCUCGCCUUCUUAUGAAGCUUACGGACAUUCGUAACUUGAACGAGGAGCACUCCCAAGUGUUGCUGAAGCUGAACCCAGAAGGACUCCAGCCGCUAAUGAAGGAAGUCAUGGACUUGCAUCUGAAAAAGAAAGGCACAGACACCGAUACGGACAGUGACGCAUCAUCGUCAAUAGCCUCCCCUUGAAUGGAGACGGUUUUGUUGGACUGAUAUUGUUAGCUCCCUUGAGUGAAAUAAUUUUAGUUCGGAGAUAGCUUGUGUUUUCUCCUCUAAUAGUAAGGCAUUGAAGUUCAGAGAUAUUUGUAUAUUUUCUCUGCUGAUGAUGCAGUGUUAUCUAUUGUAAGUUUUGUCGUUAAAGAUAGUGUAAGGGAGAUAAUUAAGCAGUCAGAUUUAAUAUUGUAGAUUGAUCUCCCUUUGUUGAACACAUGUCUUGCUGUUGGUUCAGCAGUUUUGGGGCUGAAAGCCUUGAUCAUUUGAUGUUAUAUAUAACAUAACACAUUGACUGUUCACACUGUUCACAAAGUAAAAGAGAGGACACAUCUGCGCCGUAGGAAUUAUUUGGCGGAAAAAAAACUUACAAUAAAUGUUGAUGAUGACACUUUAAAAUUGUGUAGAAAUAUAACUUGAUGAACUAUUUUGACAUGCCAUAUAUAUUGUCAAGUCCAUAACUUUUGCCAGAAAUGUGUUUUUGUCUCGUUCUUAGAUUUUAGAGUAAAAAUUUAUAUUAUUAGAAAAUGAAUGAUUUGCGUCCAUAAUAUAUUGAUUUACCUCAGACCUUACUGUCAUGAGAAAUAUGACUUGUUAUGAAAUAAGGAGUCAGUGAUGUAGUUUUGAUAUGUUAUGUGAUGAUGUCAUAGUUGCUGAUGAUGUCAUAGUUGCUGAUGAUGUCUGAGUUGCUGAUGAUGUCUGAGUUGCUGAUGAUGUCUGAGUUUCUGACGAUGUCAUAGUAAAUGAUGUCAUCAUUUCUGACGAUGUCAUAGUUAAUGAUGUCAUCAUUUCUGACGAUGUCAUAGUUCACAAUAAUGUCAUCAUUUCUGAUGAUGUCAUGAUAAAUGAGGAAAUGUCACAAUAAUAAAUUUAUAUAUUUGUAUGAUAAUGAGGUUUAAGACUAUGUUAGACUGUUAUAAGUGAAAAGUUUGAUUGUGAAACCUCACAACACAUUUUGUGAUAAAGAUAUAUAAUAUGUACAGAUGUUUAAUGUGUAUUUCCGGUGAACAGUUUAGGCAGUUGUUAAUUCGACCUUGUUACUUUAAUCACAUAUUUUUGUCUUUAAGACACCACAUAAGUAAUUCACACAUUUGCAACGAAAACGUUUACUGCAGCUACAUUACAUCUCAGAUGGUUGUCAUGGAAACUAAACUUUCGCAAUAAGACAAAGAUCGAAAUUUUCGUAUUUGUAAGAAUUGGUACAGAAACACAACAUAACUAGGGUUGUAGUCAAAAUAUGACAUUCAAUAUGACUCUGAUGUUAAAAUAAUAGCUGUUUAAGCAUAGAAUAUCAUUCAAGUCCCAGCUUCAUGAGGUCAUCAAAAUGUCAUCAUGUUUUUUAAGGAAAAACAUAUUGUUAACAUUUUGUUAAAGUGCCUUUGAAAGAUCAACCCAGUCAAUGUUUUUUUUGUUCAAUUCAGGUAACCAUUGCACUGUCUUCAGUAAAUAUAUUCAACUUCUAAUUCACCAGUAUUUGGUGGCAGAUAUUAUUUUCUUGUUAAAAGAAAUAUAUAUUCCAAGGUCUUAAAGGUCUUUUUUUAUUUCGUUUUGCGUUUCUCAAGCGAAAGAAAGAGCCACUGUUAAGACAUCUAAAUAUACAGAUUUUAAAUACCAAUGAUUGAAAUUAAGUGUGAAAUAUCUGAACACAUGUUUUAGACUCUGCAGUGCAUUAAAGUCUCUUGCCUCUACUCUAAGUGCAUAUUCUUCUUCUAAUGACUGUCUUCUUUCUAGGAAAAACAGAAUAAUAGCCCCAUUACAGAAUAGGAAAAAAAUAUCCAUUAAAAUACAUCGAGAUGCUCCUCCCCUUCUUUCCAGUGUUCUGAGCUAUUUCAGACUGAUAUUCUUCAUAGACUUUUACAUAAUUGCAUUUCAAUGUUGUUCCACAGAGAUGGUACAAAACUUUGACCGGCAAAAUGUAAAUUGUACUAAGAACCAGUUUUUACAGUUUUAUGGAAUAAAUGUUAGACAUAGAACCAUGAUAGUGUAAAAAACAUAUCCUGGACAAUGCAUUACUAGAACUUGUAUUUGUAAAAAAGAUUUUUAACUGUUUUGAAAUAAAUAGCCUCAACUUUUGAUGGACAAAACUUAUGAUUGUAACAACUGCUGAGUUUUAUACAGCUGAAAAUCUCAGGUGUCUGAAGUAAUCUUCUUACUUAAGACUGAUAAGCAUGUGGCUUAUUAAAUAAAUAAAUAAAUGUGUAUUUUCUGUGUUUUAUGUGUUAGGUAACUGAAUCAAUAUUUCACUUUCAAAUAGUGUUCUGUUGUACUAGAAGCUGUACAAUAACAAAAAAUAUUAUCAUUAUUUCAGGAAAAUAUAAAAACUGAAUAUCAACUUUCGACUGAUAAUGAUUGUUAUAAUAAUAUAUUUAUCUUUGCAAAUUGUUUUUAAUUGGUUUUAGUUUAUUAACUUUGAACACAUUUUUUUAAUUGCAUGAUAUUUCAAAAUUAUUUUAAAGAAAAAGUGUAAUUUUUCAUGACAUUAAACUGCGUUCUACUUCUAUAUGUCUGUAAUUAUGACAUUAAACUGCGUUCUACUUCUAUAUGUCUGUAAUUAUGACAUUAAACUGCGUUCUACUUCUAUAUGUCUGUAAUUAUAUUAUUAUAGAGUGAUUAUGUGCCAUUAUAUUGAAUGUAAUUGUUUUAAACGAGGUGUAGAUAUUCUAAGAUUUCAGGACUAAACUACUUUUGAGUGGUUGUAAAGUAAACAAAACAUAUUGUUUUGUAACUUACAAGAGAAAAAAAAUAAAAAAAUGUUUAAUAAUAUUUUCCUUAAAUCAAAGGGACAUUUGAAUGUUUUUAUAGAGAAAUAUUAAAAAAAAAUAAUCUUUCAUUCAUUUAAUCUUUCAAAUUCUAAAGCAUAUUUUUUGCAUAAGUAUGAGUUUUACUAGACUAAAUUAGUAUUUUAUUUUUUUUAAUAUGUUUUUUGAUUACAAAAGAAAAAAAAAACACAAAUUAAGUGAAGUUGAUUUGGUCUCUUUAAUUAAAGGAAAUUAUCUUGAACUCGAUUUAAAAAAACUAGAUAAUCUUCUUGAAAGAUAUUCAAGUUUUGUUAAUGGAUGUGAUCUUGGAUUAACUGUUUUUAUUUUAUGACUUUUGCUAUAUAUUUUUUUUUAUUUAAAUCAUCAACUUAAAAUAAGGAUUAAUGUUAUGGCAUUUGAAAUAUAUUGUGGCUUAAACCAGCAACGCAUAUAAACAAGUUGUGAGCUUACAAAUUUGGCAAAAACAUAUACACAGUUCUGGAUUACAUCUAUUAAUUCAGAAUCAAGAUUGUUUGUUAAAGCUGUUUUGAUAUUUUGUUGUUUGAUUGUUGAGAAGUUUUGAUUGUUUUUAUCCAAGGCUUAGGGCAGCAGUAUAUUUAUGUAACAUUACUCCGAUCAUUUUGCCCCACCACCCUCAUUUUUAAGCUAUAUUUGAAUGUGUUAUUCAUUUGUAUAAUUAUGGAUGUACAAAUGUUGAUACAUCAUUUCUAAAUGUUUGCAAACUGAGCUUAAAAGCAAUACAAAUUUAGCAUCUUAAUAUUGGGACAAAAGAAAAAUUUCCAUAGCUUAUAUAAUAGUUUUCAUCUCCCAGUAAAACUCUGACCUUACCAAACCUGAUUACAUAACAUGAUUCAAGUACUGUUGUGUGAAUUUAAUUGCUGUAAUUUAAAUAGCAAUAAAACUAAAGUAAACUGUAAUUUGAUGAUCUUUGGGUCAUUGUUUUUUUUUCAUUUGAAAAAAAAAUAAAAAGAUAUAAAAAAAAAAAAUGAAAUAUUUCCAGUUAGGCUUUUUCCUAAAAGGGCAAAUAAGGUUCGUGUUUCGUUCCUGGGAAAAUUCUGAAAGAAUCUGGCAGCCAGUAAUAUGACUGUUAAAUGGCAUGUAGCUUUCUUGUAGAAAAUCUGCAGCUUUGAAUAAGAUAUUUUUAUUUUGGCUCACUUAGAAUUAAGAUUGUUGUAACAUAUUUUUUCAAGAAAAUAAGCUUCGUAACUUCGCUUUACAUUUUUGCCUGUUUCUUCAGAAAAUGUUGUAUUGGUACGCAACAUGUAACUGAAAGAGUUUCAUGUUUGCAUGUAUUUUUAUGAAAAGCAUAUUGACGUAUUCAGGACGAUAGAAUGCCUUUUAUAAGUCAUUAAGUGCUUUAGAAAUAGCCUUGAAAAUGUGUGAAACUCCCAAUGCUGCUAAUUACAAAAUGUUAAUUACAUUAUUACUUUGUUUAAACUAGCUUCAAGAUGAAAGAAAAUAAAUUCUGAAGAGAGAUACAGAGUUACUGGGGUACAAUAUGCCUAAAGCUCUUGAGGAUUUAUCCGUAAUGAUGGAAAACACAGAUGUUAAAGCGGGUGGGGAAUGGAUUUACCAUGUGGGUGCCGGUAGUUUGAUACUAUGGUUGGAAAAUUAAUAAAGAGUUGUAAUCAUUUACAGAUAACAAGUUUUCAGAGAUUUGUUUCGAUUGAGGAGGCCACCCAUAAGUAGUUUUAACAUUUAAGAAACUUGUACUUUUUCCCACUGAAAUCAAUUUGUUUACCUUUUUGUCUUAUAUAUUUUAUUAUAUGUCUCUUUGUCACUGUAUUUUAGGUUAUUAAGAUGGUACUAUUUUAAUCAUUUGAAGGAUUUGUAAAUUUCUUUUCUGUUCUUUUUUAAUCAAAUAAUUAUGACUCUUUUUGUUUGUGUUGCAGAUUAAUUUAUAUUUGAUCGUUUUUCGUUUCUGUUUUUUUCUGUUAAUUAUAAGGUUUCUUUUAUAAUUGUUAUUAGUUUUAUAUCUUUGUGCUAUGUCAUUAAAACCUUGUUUAAUAAGAAUAUGUUAUCUUUAACUGUUUGAGAUUUGAUCAUCAUUUUCACUCCAAACCUUAUACCGAAUUUUACUGAAGUAUAGAUAAUAGCUAUAUGAUAGAAUAUAUGUUGGAGAUUAUAAAAGUGUGAAAAAUUGGGUAAAAAUCUCUAAUCUAUGUAAAUUUAUUAAUACAAUCUGUAGUAUUACAUAGAACACUAAUCAUUCUUUACACAUUAAAACCAAAUUGUUUGAAACUUAUUUUUUUAAUAAAAUUAUGUUUUCCAUUCAGUUCAGAAUAUGAAUACAAUUAUUUUAGUUUUGUAAAAUUUAACAUUAACGGAUAUGGAAGCAAAGUUACUUUUUUCCUGCCAUAGUUUUCCCUAAAUACUUAAAACUCAUCGCUGUUUGUGUAAUGACUAUGUGUGUGUAAUGAAAUACAUGUACUAUGAAAUCGUUUUGGCCAUGUAAUGAACGCUUGCAUUCGUGACUUUUAUGCUCUUUCAUUGUAAAUAAUCAUACAUGUGCUUUAUGUUUAAAUAAUGUUAUAUAUAAGCUUAAAUAGUAAUGUUGAAAACAGAAUGGUGAAGUUAUAUGCGUAAAUAAAUAUGUGUAAAGUCAA